AUGGCUCAUCAUUUCUUGCUGCGAGUGUCGGAACUGACAUCGCCAUCACCAACAACGUUUGGGAUGUCUGCCACCCUCCUGCUACGGGACGUGCGUUGGAACGACUCUAUGCUGCAGCUUUCCAUCAAGCAGUCGAAAACAGACCAGCACGGGAAAGGAGCUACGCUGUCUUUGACAGCUAGCGAAGCUCCGAUCAUCCACAACGCCUGUGUCACCUAUGCCCAGCAGCGUCAGCAUCGACAGCCUUCUGAUUUGCCAUUUUUUAUCCAUAGCAGCGGCCGCUUCCUCACGCGGAUUGACCUUACACGGGCACUGAAGACGACCCUUCCUGAUGGGGAGGACCGCGCCCGCUACUCAUCCCAUUCUUUUCGAAUUGGCGGUGCCACUUCGGCUGCCGCCGAUGGCCUGUCAGCUGACGCCAUAUGUGAACGGGGACGGUGGAAAUCGUCCUCGUUUAAGCGUUACAUCCGCCCGCAACGUCUGCGCGUACCAUUCUUGUUUGGGGCUCCCCCUCACUCGCGCUGCUCUCUCGCUAUGGUUGUAGCCAAAAAACGAAUUCACAAAACAGCGUAG